AUGGUCAAUCAAAUUCGCACACUCUCCCCUUCCACAAACAAAGUCAUUUUCGAGCACCCGGGGACUUCCCUCGACGAAGCUCGAGCUAUUGCACAAGCCUCGGAGAAUGCCUUCCAGUCCUACAAACAGCUCUCCCUGGCUGAUCGGAAGGCCAUCAUGGUCAAGGCAUUGAACAUAGUCGAUGCAAACAAAGAGACUCUUGCUAAUGAGCUCACGGCUCAAAUGGGCCGCCCAAUCGCCUAUUGCACAAAGGAGAUUGACACCAUGCGCAAACGGGCAGACUACCUCCUCAGUAUUGCAGAUGACAGCCUGAAGAAUCUCCCUGGACAGGCAGAGAGUGGCUUCAGACGGUUCCUCAAGAAGGAACCACUUGGUGUCACUUUGAUUUCGACUGCAUGGAAUUAUCCGUACUUGAUCACAGUGAACACUCUUCUUCCUGCCCUCCUCGCCGGAAACACUGUUCUUCUCCGUCCAUCUCCCCAGACUCCCCUCCUCGGCGAACGGCUCGUAUCGUAUUUCCAUGAAGCUGGGCUACCCACCAACGUCCUCCAACUCCUCCACGUCGGCUCGCUCGAUGUUCUUGACGAAAUCGUCAAGCUUCCUCAGAUCAAGCUUGUUUCUUUUACUGGUUCCACGGCCGGUGGACUCCGUCUGCGCGAAGCAACCGCCCGCCGUGUCGUUCCUGUGAAUCUCGAACUAGGAGGCAAUGACCCAGCCUACGUCAGACCAGAUGCAGAUAUAGCCUAUGUCGCCGCACAGAUUGUCGACGGGGCUGUCUUUAACUCGGGACAGAGCUGUUGCUCAAUUGAACGUGUUUACGUUCACGCUGAUAUCUACGACAACUUCAUUACCGAAGUACAGAAGGAAUUGAGCACGUUAGUAGAACUACUUCUAGUUUAUCUCAAAAUUACAUCAAGAAGAACUAAUAAAAGUAGUUACAAACUCGGCGACCCAACCGACAAGGCCACCACAACUGGUCCGGUUAUCUCCAAGCAGGCUUUGAAGAACAUCCAGUCCCACAUCGAUGAUGCACUAUCUAAAGGUGCUAUUGACGCCACACCUGAAAACACCACAUUUACCUCCCUUCCGGCUGAAGGCAACUAUAUCGCUCCGAAGCUUCUUACUAAUGUCACGCAUGACAUGGUCACCAUGCGUGAAGAGACCUUCGGUCCUGUUAUCCCUGUUAUGAGAGUUUCUUCUGAUGAGGAGGCCGUGGCACUCAUGAAUGAUAGCGACUACGGUCUUACGGCUAGUGUCUGGACGAAGGAUAUCAAGGCUGGAGAGGCUUUGAUUGAGAAGAUUGAUGCGGGUACUGUGUAUAUCAAUCGGUGUGAUUACCCGAGUCCGGACCUGGCUUGGAUUGGAUGGAAGAACUCGGGUCUUGGAUGUACGUUGGGACCGCACGCGUUUGACGGGUUCUAUAAGUUGAAGAGCUUCCAUAUCAAGGAGGAGCAGACUUAG